AUGGCUACUUUACUUCAUUAUACAAGUUAUCGAAACGCGAUGGCAUUUCACAAGGUUUGGUCCUCGCGAAUCUCUCAGUUAGCACGAGUAUCCGCAUUUCAUACGUCGAAAAAAAUUCAAAAUGCCACGGCAGUGCCUCUCAAACUCGAAUUUCCUCCCUCACUAGAGUCAAAAUUACAGCCUGCCGUAGAUUCUACAACUACGCAAACAAAAACAAAAAGUUCGAAUCCUCCGUUAAGUUUUCCAUGUAUCGAUCAACAUGAUGUACGUACUAGGUCGUUGGACGGCGGUCCAGAGCCAGCUUACGAAAAAAUUGUUACCGGAUAUUCACUUUAUCAUCAUGCACAACCAUUCCUAUGCGAUUACAGUGGCGUUUUGCCAAAAUUUGAUAUAGCAUACGAAACCUGGGGAGAAUUGAAUGAAAAUAAGGAUAACGCGAUUUUAAUCCAAACUGGUUUAUCUGGAAGUAGUCAUGCUAAAAGUCAUGGAAAAAAUGUUAAUCCGGGGUGGUGGGAACGAUUCAUUGGUCCUGGUCUCUCUAUUGACACAAACAAAUUUUUUGUUAUUUGUACCAAUGUAAUUGGAGGUUGUUAUGGGUCAACUGGUCCUUCCUCAAUUGAUCCAUCAGAUGGCGAACGAUAUGCGACUAGAUUUCCUAUUUUGACAAUCUUUGAUAUGGUUCGGGCGCAGUUUUUAUUAUUGGAUCAUUUAGGGAUAAAUAAACUUCAUGCUACUGUAGGAAGCAGCAUGGGUGGAAUGCAGUCAUUGGCAUCUGCAUGGUUGUAUCCCGAACGUAUGUCUCGCCUAAUUAGCAUAUCGGCGUGUGCGAGAUCACAUCCAUAUUCUAUUGCAAUUAGACAUACACAACGACAAGUAUUGAUGUCAGAUCCUAAUUGGAACAAAGGAUUUUAUUAUAAAUCUAUACCUCCACAUAUAGGAAUGAAGCUCGUGAAAUUGCCACGAUUAGGCCCUGAAUGGGAGCAGCGGUUUGGUAGGAAACGCGAACGGGAGGAUCAAUCACCUGCCCUUUGUCCUGACUUUUUGAUAGAAACUUACCUUGAUUAUCAGGGUGAGCGUUUCUGCCUGCAAUACGAUCCAAAUUCGCUUCUUUAUAUAUCCAAAGCAAUGGACCUUUUUGAUAUGUCCUCCUCAGCAUUGGAGGCUCUCGAUAAACAACGAGAGAUUAAUAUCGAGACAAUAAAAACUCACGGAUUUACUCCCGUAUCAUCAUGCUACGCUAAUGCAAGUGCUUCACAAGAAACACCCGCAUCCUCGUCAACCUCACCUUCAAAAAGACAACACAUUUCUUCUUUAUCAUCAACAAGUAGUGAUAAUAUUGAUGAUCUUGUUCAAGGACUUUCUAAAAUUCAAAUACCAACAUUAGUUUUAGGCGUUCAAUCUGAUAUACUGUUUGCUUAUUGGCAGCAAAGAGAAAUUGCUGAUUGUUUAAGAAGGGGCGGAAACAAAGAUGUCACUUAUUACGAACUAGAUUCUAUGUAUGGGCAUGAUACAUUUUUGAUAGAUUUAACUAACGUUGGUGGUGCGAUCAAAGGACAUUUGGAACUUGGCGCCGGUAACCCCGAAUUUGACGAAGCUUCCCAAAAAGAACUUGCCAAAUUUCUCGAAGGAGAGAAUGCUAAAAUGCGUCUUCAGCAAUCGAUCCACACCUUUACUGAUCUCUGUUGGGAUAAAUGUAUCACCAAGAUUGGUAAUAAGAUUGAUCGUGGAGAGGAGACUUGCCUAACGAAUUGCGUUGAAAGGUUCUUGGAUACUAGCGUAUUCAUAGUUAAGAGAUUAGAUGAAACUCGAAAUCAGUGA